AUGUACAAUACCGCAGUUACUACAGCGACAGUAAACACAUCCACAGGUCAUCGUGAUUAUGUUUUCUUGCCAACUGCAAGAGUCAAAAUAACUGCAGCUGAUGGAAAUACGAGUGAAGUCCGAGCAUUACUAGACUCUGGUUCACAAGUGAACAAAGUCUCUGAGCGUCUUGUCAAAAGGCUCAAUAUAUCAAAAACGAAAUCGUUAUUGUGCAUAGAAGGUAUAGAAAAGGUGCAGAAAAAUUCAACGCAGCGAGUUAACAUCAAACUGCAAUCCCUUAACUCGAGGUUUACCACAGAUGUCGAAACGUUUGUUCUUCCAAAUAUAGUUCCACCUCAACCAAAUUUCAACUACGAUAUUUCCAAAAGUAAAGUCCCGAACAGCAUUCAGUUAGCAUUAACAUUUUUCCAACAAGGAAAAAUUGAUAUUUUACUCGGUGCAGAGUUCUAUUUCAGUCUGUUAAAAAAAGAUAAAAUCUCGCUUGCUCCUGGCCUUCCAGUCUUGCAAAAUUCUACACCUGGGUGCAUUGUUAGUGGCAAGGUUGCAUCAAAUACAGACACAUUAAACGUUUUAUGUGCAGUUUUUGACGGUAGGGUGGAGGCUGUUGAUAAUAAUUCAUCGUUAGAAGAUACAAUUGAGCGGUUACGGCGAAUGGAUGAGGUGAACACAACAGAGAGGAUAUUAUCCAAAGAAGAAAAAUUAUGCGAAUCUCAUUUUGCUCAUACAAAUAAAGAAGGACGUUUUGUGGUAAGGUUGCCGUUUCUGGAAAACUCAUGGACGUUAGGGGAAUCUCAAGAAACAGCUUGGGGAAGGUUCGUUAGUCCUGAACGACGACUAGCAAAAAAUGAUGUGUUGCGGAAACAAUAUGUGAAGUUUAUGGAAGAGUAUGAGCUGGAUUCCAUGUUGACCCCAAAAUAUUUCAUUCCUCAUCAUUGUGUACUAAAACCAGAUAGUACCACUAUCAAACUUCGAGUGGUGUUUGAUGCAUCAGCUAAAACUACAUCUGGACACUCGUUGAAUGAUUUAAUGUAUAACGGACCGACAGUUCAAAGCGAACUCUUUUCAAUUUUGCUCCGUUUUAGGCGACCACAGUUUGUUUUCACCACAGAUAUCGAAAAAACGUAUCUUUAA